AUGGAGGAAUUAGCAAAAAGCAAUGUUUCUAUAAUGAAGAUGUUUGAAAAGAAGGUGCAAGGAUUUAUUGGUGAAGUGGAAAAUAAUCACAUGGUCUGGUUACAGGAAAUCCAGGAAGAAGCUGUAAAGAUGUUUUGUAGACUGUCCAGGACUAGAACUGUAAGGCGUUCUUCUGUGAAAGUGUCAUCGUUGAACCUUAUAAAUGAAGAACUACAGAAAGAACCUCUUAAAGUGGAGGAUUUGGAGCAUUCCAAACCUUUUAAGGCAACUCUCAACAAAAACAAAGCUUCCAGUGUUACCAAGUCAUGUGCUAAGACUAUGUUGGAAAAGAAAGUUGUAGUUGAGAUCACUUUGAAUGAUUUUCUAUCUGCAGAAAUUCACCAGAAAAACAAAGACGUUCAUGAAACAAUAGGAAAUCCUGAGGAAAUGUGCCCAGAAGAUGUUAGCUCUGAUACAGAAAGAAGUACUUUCAAAUCUGCCCAUAAAAGUCACAGGCCUUCUGGACGGCGUUCCAUUGCAGGUCACAGAUCACUUCUCAGUAUACGCAAAAGCCUGACCCGAGAGUCUAUGCGUAGGGCAAGCCGGCGCUCUGUUCACAAGAAGGCUAUACUGGAGUCCUCCACCUCAAGUUCAAGAAACAGCAACGGCAAGGCUGAACAUUGUGCAGACCUCCUGAAAAGCUGCAAGCAAGCAGUAGCGGAGUUAAACAGUCAGGGAGAAGAUUGUCAGGCUGAACAGCCAGUCAGUCCAGUGAAGAAACCUCUCCCUGUUGUCAGUGUUCCUAAAAGCCACAGUGUAACAGUGAAACCUCACAUGAAGUCAUUGCUUCAUACUGUGCAAAAAAACCAGCUAUUGAUGUCUACCCCAAACUUACUAGGUCGAUCAACUUUUGUCAAAUCCUUCAUUAAACGCACUACCCCACUCAAAGUUGAUAUCAAGGAAAAAGAGCGACAAUUUCUUGAAAUGCUUAAAAAGAAAGAAGAUCAAGAAACAGAACAAAAAAAGAAAAUGGAAGAAGAAGAGAAACUGAAACUAGAAGAAGUGAAAAGGAAUCGCAAAGAGCUUUUAAAAAAGGUAACUGAGGCCCGUGAGCGAGAGGAGCAGAAAGAAGAAGCCAAAAAAAGGAAAAUUAAGCAAACGUUUGCCCAAGUGGAGGAAAAGAAUGACAAGUUAUUUUUACUUAGAUAUGUGAGGAAUGGAUUGCAGAGGAGAAAGGCUAAGUGCAAGCUUACUAACAAAAAAGUGUUAGAAGCAGAGAUUCAUUGUAAACAAGAGGAAGAUGCAAGGAGAAUAAAGAUUUUGCAGGCUGAAGAAGAGGAACGAAAACAUCAGGAGUUACUUCAGAAGAAGAGAGAGGAAGAGGAACAAGAGUGUCUAAAAAAAAUGGCUGAAGUUAAUAGACUUAAACAAGUAGAACAGGAGAGACAGCUUGCUGCAGAGAAAGAACUCCAAAGGAAGAGGGAGCAGAAGCGCAUUUGGAUUGAAUGGGAAGAACAACUUCUUCUUGAAAAAGAAAAGGCUGUACAGAUGGAGAUUGAGAAGGCAGCUAAAGAAAAGGCUUUAUUGGAGGCUGCCAAAGAGAAGGAGAGUCUACAAAAGGAGGCAGAUGAAAGAGAGAAAUUAAGGGCAAAACAGCAGCACAAGGCUAAUUUGGAAAAUGAACUCAAAGAAAACCUCAAGGAUGAGAAACUGGCAAAGAAAAAACCAGAUACCUCUAGCAGUCAUAAUACUUUGAACAUUACUGUUGAUUUAGAGAAGUCUCCUCAGUCAUAUGAAAUGACUCCCAAAGGAAGCAAUAAGACUAUUGCACGUUUAGAUCCCGAAAACUAUGGGAUGGAUCUAAACAGUGAUGAUUCAACUGAUGAUGAAAGUGCUCCAAGAAAACCUAUUCCAUCCUGGGCAAAAGGGCAAAAGCUAAACCAGGCAAUAAUGCAUCAUUACUAUAAUCCCCCUGAUACUGACAAACGCUAUGAUGAGAUAGAACCACCUAAUCUGGUGGAAAUUUUCAAUAAAAGUAAACCCCGAUACUUGAAAAGAACAAGCUCAGCUGAGUGGGACUCUCCACCAAUGAAGAGCAACCUCAACAAUGUUUCAAUCAAGUUCACCCAUUAGACAACCAUGGACUUGCUAUUCUUCCUUUUUCUUUAGUUUUAAUGUAGCUUCAUUUGUAUAUACUUUUGUGUGAUGUGUAUAUAUUUUUUUGUAGAAGUAGUAUAUUUUAUGUAAUCAGAUAAUGGGAAAAGAAUCUUAAACACAAUUGAAAUAAAGUGGUUUACAAGUUGUGGUGUUUAAGAGUUUUUUUGUGUGUUUUAAACCAUUUAUUUAUAAAAAUGAGUUAUUUACUGUUAUGCUUCAAGAAAAGUUAAUCUUUCAAUGUUGUAGUCAUAGCUGUACAAUUAAUUGUGGGCUGUAAUAUUUCAGAUUUAAUCACAGUCCAAAAAUAUACCCAAAGGUGCGAAUGUAAGACUGCACUAACAUUAAACUUUAUGAUGUUUGUAUAGAAUGAACAAGCUACUUUUUGUUUCCCCAAUACACAUCUUAAUAGGCCACUUAACUAGUGAGUGUAAAGUGACAAUUUAUUAACCCCAUCCUGAAGUUGCCUACAAAAAAGCUUAACACAU